GGCCCUCGGCGCGUGAGUGUGGCCGGAGUGUGCGGGCCGGGCCGGGCCGCGCCGCGCCAUGAAGCGGGACGUGCGCAUCCUGCUGCUGGGCGAGGCCCAGGUGGGGAAGACGUCGCUGAUCCUGUCGCUGGUGGGCGAGGAGUUCCCGGAGCAGGUUCCUCCCCGAGCCGAAGACAUCACCAUCCCGGCCGAUGUCACCCCGGAGAAGGUGCCCACCCACAUCGUGGAUUACUCAGAGACCGAGCAGACAGCGGAGGAGCUGCAGGACGAGAUCCAUAAGGCCAACGUGGUGUGUAUGGUGUAUGACGUGUCUGAGGCGGCCACUAUUGAGAAGAUCCGAACCAAAUGGAUCCCACUGGUGAAUGGAGGCACUGAGAAAGGACCCAGGGUCCCCAUCAUCCUCGUGGGCAACAAGUCGGACCUGCGGCCUGGGAGCUCUAUGGAGGCGGUGCUGCCCCUCAUGAGCCAGUUUCCUGAGAUUGAGACCUGCGUGGAAUGCUCGGCCAAGAACCUGCGGAACAUCUCUGAGCUCUUCUACUACGCGCAGAAGGCCGUGUUACACCCCACCGCCCCACUCUACGACCCUGAGGCCAAGCAGCUCCGGCCUGCCUGCACCCGCGCGCUCACACGCAUCUUCAGGCUCUCUGACCAGGACCUGGACCAGAUGCUCAGCGAUCAGGAGCUCAAUGCCUUCCAGAAGUCCUGCUUUGGCCACCCCCUGGCCCCACAGGCGCUGGAGGACGUGAAGACUGUGGUCCGCAAGAACGUGGCAGGCGGUGUGCAGGACGGCCGGCUGACCCUGGACGGCUUCCUCUUCCUGAACAUGCUCUUCAUCCAGCGGGGUCGUCACGAGACCACGUGGGCCAUCUUGCGGCGCUUCGGCUAUGGGGAUGACUUGGAGCUGACAGACGACUACCUCUGCCCGUCCCUCCAGGUGCCCCCUGGCUGCAGCACUGAGCUCAACCACCUUGGCUACCAGUUUGUGCAGAGGCUGUUUGAGAAACACGACCAGGAUAAGGACGGUGUCCUCUCACCCUCGGAGCUGCAGAGCUUCUUCAGUGUGUUUCCAGCACCCCCCUGGGGCCCUGAGCUCCGGUGCGCUGUUCCUGUGGAGUUUCCUGGGCUGUCCCUGCAUGGCUACCUCUGCCAGUGGACCCUGCUAGCCUACCUGGACGUGCGACGGUGCUUGGAGCUCCUGGGCCAUCUGGGCUACCCUACCCUCUGCGAGCAGGACUCCCAGGCCCAGGCCCUCAGAGUGACCCGGGAGAAGAGACUGGACCAGGAAAAGGGGCAGACGCAGAGGAAUGUGCUUCUGUGCCAGGUGGUGGGCGCCCGUGGGGUAGGCAAGUCCGCCUUCCUGCAGGCCUUUCUGGGCCGCAGCCUGGGGCAUCCCGAGGCUGGGGGUUCAGCUGGCCACGCCAUCAACACGGUGCAGGUGAACGGGCAGGAGAAGUACUUGAUCCUGUGUGAGGUGGACGCAGACAGCUUGCUGGUGGCUGCUCCGGAUGCCCCCUGCGAUGUGGCGUGCCUGCUGUUUGACGGCAGUGACCCCGUGUCCUUCGCACCCUGUGCCAGCAUCUAUAAGCGCUGCUACAUGGAUGGGCAGACGCCUUGCCUUGUGGUGUCCUGCAAGGCUGACCUGCCUGAAGGUGUCCCUCCUCCUGGCCUGACUGCUGCCGAGUUCUGUCGCCGCCAUCAGCUGCCUUUACCCGUCCCAUUCUCCUGUGCUGCGCCCAGCACCGCGGUCUUCAACCGGCUCGCCAAUCUGGCCAUGCUGCAGCACCCAGCUGCAAGGGAGCUGCAUGCCACUUCCUUCUGGCUCCGUGUGACCCUGGGUACCAUUGGCGCCGCCGUUGUUGCUGUCCUCAGCGUCUCCCUGUACCGCGUCCUGGUGAGGAGCCGAUGAGGACUGUGCAACCACCUGCUGUGCCCCCAGCACAGGAGCUUCCACCCAUGCAUC